CUCAACAUCACCAAAGCAUUUGAUCUCCUAACCGACAAUUCGAGCACCAGUCACCCAUUGCGUGGUCAAGUCCAGGUAAACAUGUCGGUCUACGAUAACCUAAAGAGAUCCUUGUUAUCACGAGCUGCAACCGAGGUAGUUUGCUACGCUGCCGUGUUUCUCGUGCUUUGUUACAUCGUGCAAGCAAUCUUUGCCUGGAGACGUCUUGCCGGCAUACCCGCACCAUCCUGGACCGUCCACUUCUCCUAUCUCUGGCUAGCAAAGAGCACCUAUUCUGGCAGACAAUACUGGAUCCAUAAACACCUCCACGAAGACCUAGGUCCCUUGGUUCGGAUCGGCCCAAAUGAGGUCGUGACUAACGAUCCUGGAGUCAUCAAGAAAAUCUCGGGCACUGACGAGCGCUGGGCCCGCGAUCCUUUUUAUCUGACUGGCAAGUUCAAUCCUUACCAUGACAACUUGUUCAGUCGGUUGAGUCCUAAGGAGCAUAAGUGGGCAAAGUCGCGUACCCUUGCCGCUUACAGUGGUCGCGAAACACCAGAUCUCGAAGUUGGUGUCAAUAAUCUGAUCGAGACACUUAUCGCGAAAAUUGCAUCAAAGUACGGCACACCCACAGCCAACUCAGAUGCUGCGCCUUUCCUUGAUCUGGGCAAGACCAGCUGUUAUUUCACCUUGGAUGUCAUCACCAGACUCGCCUUUGGCCGAGAGUUUGGCUACCUCGAGCAUGAGAAGGAUCACUACAACUUCCUUGGGAGCCUGCAUGAUCUUUGGCCGCAGAUGUCGACAUGUGCAGAUGUUCCAUGGCUCCGAAAAUUCAUAUUCUCCAAACCUUUCCUCACGCUUCUGGGACCGAAGACCACGGACAAAGCCGGGUUCGGCGCACUGAUGGGAGUCGCUGAGCAUCACGUAGCUAAACGAUUUCGUCCAGACGCAAAGCCACAGCAAGACAUGCUAGGAUCUAUGAUGAAACACGGCUUGAAUCAGACCGAAUGCGAGACAGAAGGACUCUUCAUGAUCAUUGCAGGUACGGAGAGCACGGCAUCUGCUAUACGCUCGGCCUUGGUACAUACCAUCACGACACCACGAGUCUACCAAGCUCUCAAGCAGGAAAUUGCCGCAGCAGUGGCCAAUGGCGCUGUUUCUGCGCCGAUCUCAAUGACAGAAGCACGAAACCUGCCAUAUCUUCGUGCUGUUGUAUACGAGGGCCUCCGCAUGCGCCCGCCAUUGAUCGGCUACUUCCCAAAAGUGGUACCCCCUGGUGGAGAAGAGAUCCUCGGCCAUCACUUACCCGCAGGUACCGCCAUUGGGACAAACAUGUCUGCUGUGUUGAGGUCCACAGAACUCUUCGGCUCCGACGCAGAUUUGUUCCGUCCUGAGCGGUUCCUUGAGCUUGAUGAAGGGCGUCGUAAGCAUAUGGAACGUGAUGUUGAGCUGGCAUUUGGUAAUGGACAGUGGAUGUGUGUUGGCAAGACGAUUGCCUUCAUGGAGAUUUACAAAAGCGUCUUUGAGAUUAUACGCCACUUCGACUUGCAGCUUCUCCAGCCUUACUCACCAAGCAACAUUAUGACCUAUGGCACAUUUCUCGAGUCCAAUCUGCUGGUCAAGGUCACAAAGACUUAGAUAGAAUAGCUUCGGGAAUCGCUUCAUCCUAACGGACCUCUAAGCUCAUUCUCCAUCUAGAAGCGACGCUUUGGCCCGAGGCUGAACAUGAAUGAAUCAAGGUUUUUACAGAAGUUUGCAUAAUCAUUCCUAUUUUCUUCAAGGCACAUUAGGGACAUAACGUACGCGCGUAAUUUCUCUUCGCAAUGGAC